AUUCAGACGUGCAGCGCUCCUGUCGUCUCACCUGCAGCCUGCCGGCUCCGGAGGUCCGCUGAGCCCACAAUGCAUCCAGAUAAGUACUUACCUGAGCUGGUGGCGGAGAAAAACAGCCUGGACCCCUCCUUUGCGCACGCCGUGCGCCUCCUGGCAGAAGAGAUCGAAAAGUACGAAGGCGAUGAUUUAAAGAAAGAUGGCGACACGAAGAAAUAUCUAGACAUUAUCAGCAAUAAAAACAUCAAGCUCUCUGAAAGAGUUCUCAUUCCCGUCCAACAGUACCCAAAGUUUAAUUUUGUCGGGAAGCUGCUGGGGCCACGGGGAAAUUCUAUGAAGCGAUUACAAGAAGAGACAGGAGUGAAGAUGUCCAUCCUUGGAAAAGGCUCCAUGAGGGAUAAAGGCAAGGAGGAAGAAUUACGGAACAGCGGGGAAGCCAAAUACGCCCAUCUGAAUAACGAUCUCCAUGUUUUAAUUGAAGUCUUUGCUCCACCUGGAGAAGCCUAUUCCCGCAUGAGUCACGCCUUGGAGGAGAUUAAAAAAUUCCUUGUUCCAGACUACAACGACGAGAUCAGACAGGAGCAGCUGAGAGAGUUGUCCCUGCUGAACGGCUCAGACGAGUCGAGCAGAGGGAGGACGAUGCAGGGAAGGAGCGCUCGGCCGGCGACCGCCGCAUCGACAAGGGGCCUGAGGGGUGCGGGGAGGAGUGCGGCGGCGGCACCUCGGGGCACGGCCACAGCGGCGCACAGCAAACUCCCCACCGCCGUUCUGACGAGGGAGGGGCAAGCUCCCAGAGCCAGGGGGGCGGGGGCGGCGGCGGCGGCGGCGGCGAGCGGCGGGUACAGACUCCCGCUGCUGGCCGUCACACAUGAAUCAUACGACGACUUUGGCUACGAUGAUGGAUACGGCGGAGAAUACGACGACGAGAGCUACGAAGCCUAUGAGGAUAACUACAGCAAUCAGUCAAAGAGCAUUUCAGAAUAUUACGAGUACGGACACGGAAGCAGUGACGAAUCCUACAACAAUUACGAGGAGUGGCCGACGACCCGACCAUGUCUCAAAGCCCCUAUUUUGCGACUGACAAGAGGGGGCUACAGAAAACAUCCCUAUGGCAGAUACUGAAGGUGCUCCAGAUAUGUGACCUCCUCCUCCUCCCGACUAUUCAU